AUUAUUUCUCUGUAUUGUUCGUUUCCUACUAGGAGAACGAAAGAGAAAUGCCCCUACAGAUCCCCCAUCCCUCUACACCAUUACAUCUUUACCGACAUCUGCUACGAGAAGCAACAUAUCUUCCACCUCUCUGUCGAACAUGGAUAGCCGAACGCAUCCAAUCUCGUUUUCGAGAUUGCCGUAAUGAGAAGGAUCCUAAAAAUCAUAUCAGAGAUGCCCAUCAUGACCUACGAUACCUCCGUUCUGCCAAUGCUGGACAUAUUAAACGGCUAUUACACCUAUGCUAUUUAGCAACAGGAAGAGUGGGCAAACGGCGUCGUCUACUAGGCAAAUCUGAACUAUCUAACGAACCUCAUACAAGCUCUAUUGAAUUAGAUAAAGCUAGACUCGCAACAGAUAAACAACGAGAACCUGACUGGCUAGACAAUUGGUCUGAAGAAAAAAUAAUGAGACUUGCUCAAUCGCAAGUCGAGAACCAAGGUGGAGACUGGCCUCAGAAUAUGCGCCGCCAAAUCGAUCCGAAGCAAGUCCUUCCGACCGAAAAUUGUUUUGGUCGUCCUCUUACCAAAAAGCUGGCACGAAACAAACUAAAGAAGCAUUGGGCAGGAGUUCUCCACCAAUUAUUACCACCAUUACCACAAGGAGAAUGGGACCACCUAGGUGUCUUAGCCAGAGGUGAAGCCGACGAGAAACAUUAUAAUCUACCCCCAAGGAGGCCCGUUGCGAUAUCGAACUAUAUCACCCCACAGAUCGAAAAGCCAACAACAUGGAUAGAUUUCGUUACCAGACCGGCACGAUCGAUCGAAAGGAACAAUUCUCGAAGGACGAAAAGUCUCAGCGGGGUUGAAGAUGAAGAUCCCCGAGGGCAUGGUCGGGCAAUUGGCACCCGAGUAAUAAAUGGAAGAGUCUUGCGUGAGCUUAUAUACAAGCGCAUUUGGUCUAUGUCCCCGAUCAUCCAUAAGAAUCCCCAGACAGGACGGCCAGUUAUCACCUGGGGUAAGAUUGAACAUACCAUUUCUCGACCAGGGAAAAAAGCUCUACAGUUCUUCGAAGGUGUUAACAACAAGGGAGUCCCAAUUUAACCAAUGUUUGGAACGACCGCCGUUUAUUCUCACGAAGUACCCAACCCUAACCAGCUCUUAU